GGUAGUGGCUUCGGUUUCAUCUUCGUUUUCUUUUUCACUUUCCGUUUGUCUUCCUGCAGAAUUUGUGGCGAACUGCAUGAUUACUGCAUUUCUUCAUGAAAUAAUAGAUAUGGUAGUUAUAUUGCCGUGUUUUUGUUCAACGUAUACAAUCUAAAUAACGCAAUAUUUCUUCUUUUAGAUUUUCUUAGUGUAUGGAUAUUCGUGUCAGGCUUCGGCCUUGGUUAGAAAGUCGACUUAACGACGGGUGGAUCGAAGGACUAAAGUGGAUCGAUAGAGAAAAGGGAAUAUUCAGGAUCCCCUGGAAGCAUCAUAGUAAACAUACAUGGACGGAAGAUGAUGCUGCUAUAUUUAAGGACUGGGCUGUUGUUACUGGGCGUUAUCGGGAGGGCAUCGAUACACCUGACUGGCCGAUGUGGAAAACUCGGCUUCGUUGUGCACUGAACAAAGCGCCUGAUAUCCAAGAGGUCAAGCAACGUCACAACUUACACUGUGAAGAACCUUUUAAAGUGUAUCGCUUUGUGAGCAAAACAGAAUCUCUAUGGCGAGCGAAUGCGAUAAGAAAUGCUAGCAUGAUCUUCGAUGGUAUACAGGCAGGAUGUAGAUUCACUUCGUGGAGUGGAUCGAACGCUUCUAGCUCUCCAAUGAAUUCUCCAAUUCCGCUUUCAAGACGACCUACGCUGAUUGUCCAGAAGUUGUCAGGGCUCAAAUCGAAUACCCGUCGGUUUGCUGUGAUCCGAAGAGGUGAUGGUGUUCAACACAUCCAGUCCAAUUAUCGCCCUGCUUAUAUACUACAAGGUCACCAGCUUAACCGUAACAAGAUUUAUUACAAUUCUACUAGCGCUAAUGCCACUCAAAGACUGGGAUGCGAUAACGAGAACAUGAACUUAGAUAGUUAUGCUAACUUGUCCCCAUCAAGUUACUCUGAGUAUCAAGCUCCAAACAACACUACAGUCAUAACUGGGGGCAUAUCUCUUCCUAACCGUUUUGUCCCUAGGAUUGGUUCAGCAAAUCAACAUGUUCAGUUGUUACCUGACAUUAUGGAACCGGAAUACCAUCAGUUAGGUGUGCGCAUCCAACAUCUAAGUGUCCGCAUUAGAGACACAAUAGUUACCAAUCCUAAUGGUUGUUGUAUUUACUAUGGGAGAUUUGAUGAGAUCAGCUCACCUGCUGCUCCUGAUCCUAUUGAAGCACAAAUUCCACACCAAAUCUCAGUAGCCAACAAGGCCUAUGUUGAUCUCUUGUUGGAUAAUAUGGUCAAGGGAAUCAUACUGACAGUUAUCCAUGGUAGUAUUUACGCUGAAAGAAUAUGCAAGUGUGCCGUUUUUGUGUAUAUUCCAACGGUGGGUGGAGAAUAUAUUUUGGCAAAGAAGCUUGGACGUCGGUUAAGGGAGAAAAUAUUCGACUAUGAUCAGUUUUUGUUUCACCUGGACUCAUAUCGUCAAAAUCAACAGUCACGUCCUCAUUUCGAAGUCGUUCUGGCAUUUGGUCAACAACUAAAGCCUGGGAUAUCUACUGAUAGCCUACUAGUGUGGGCUCGUGUUGCUAGCUGUCGUGCUUGGUUCCAGUUACACAAAAUACUAUUGCCGUAUUGCUAAAUUUAAUAUUGGAAGUUCAAAGUCUGAAAAGCCUUUCAAAGUCAAUGGUGGUUAUGCAGACUCAUCAACUCUUCAUCUUCCUGCUAGCAUUUGACUAUUUGGGGUUCUGAUUUUGAUCUUGUUGUCAAGCCUAUCUUAUAGAAAUAGUCCUCUUUUUUCUGUUCACAUUUAUGUAUUCGAAAGGUUCAUACACUCAGACCUGGUUAUGGUGAGUGUAACAGUGUACAUUUAAAUAAUCCAGUAUGUCCUUCCAUCUACUACCAUAUUAGUGAAAACUCAGAGCAGUCAGAGUGUGUCAUAAACCGUUUUUCUGUAAGUCAGAGUCUGAAUGGAUGCAGUAGUUACAAUGAAAAUUCAGCUGUUUUAAAAACGGAUGAUGAUUCUGUCAAUGAACACAUUGUUCCUACGAUUAAUUUUACAGACUCUUUGGAUCCUGAUAGCAUUGUUACUGAGCAGAUAAUUGAGGAAGGAGUUGAAGUCCCUUUGGAUGAUACUGAUGAUUUGGCGUAUAGCACUUCCGGUUCUGUAUUGCAGGAGAAUCUUAUAGUUUGUGUUGCAUCUCAAGAUGUUUGUUCAGUACCUAUUUGUACUUCAAGUUCUUCAGUCACCCAAGACGUGUUCCUGAGUGGUAUUAAUCCAAUCGACAUGAAAUCCCACCCACUACUGAAUCCACAUGAAGAGAUUACAGACAAAUAUAACUCACGACCUGAAAACUGAUGAAGUUUCCCACCAAACUGUGUAUAGAUUUGACAGUCUUGAUUUUAUUAUCAUUAUUAUUAUUAGAACCUGUUAACAGGUAAAUGUGAUAGGCCCGCUAAUAUAUGUUUUUCCAUAUAUGCUUACAUAAAUCCCUUUUGUUAUCUUAUGUUACUGUAAAAUAAAAAUUUUGUCUACUUGUCUUC